AUGAGUAGGCCUACGUUCAGUAGCUUUUUGAAAGCGACCACGCUGAGAUUGCUCCGCGAGCGGCCGCUUCUGUGUGCAGCUGGCCUGGUGAUCGUGACGGGUUCGGCAGCCUACUUUCAUAACAAAUAUUAUGGCGUCGGUGAGGAUGAACCCGCCACCGUGGAGAUCGUGGACCGUGUUGUCACUGUUGAAGAGGCGACCGGACGCGUGCACUCUGGCUUUGGUCGCCAGCUGUACUGUGUUUCCUCCUACACAUUGGUGCUGCUGGCUUCCUGCUUAGCUGGCCUGGUGAUCGCGACGGGUUCGGCAGUCUACUUUCAUAACAAAUAUUACGGCGUCCUUGAGGAUGAACCGGCCACCUUGGAGAUCGUGGACCGUGUUGUCACCUUUGAAGAGGAUCAUGAUCCCACCCUGGACCAAGAGGACCCAGUCCUUGUUCAGUUUGUGGAUGAGGAGGUUGGGCAGCAGCCCUGUCUGGCUUUAGUCCCUUGGUCUGGACCUCUGUGGGUUCCCAGCUCUCUGACUUAUUACCUUACCCUUGCUGGGAGGAUGAUAGUGAGAGAGCUGGCAGUGUUAAACACACAGAUUUUCAUGAUGGAGCAGCCUAUUUUCAUCUGUUUCAAUCCUGUAGGGAGGUUGGUGUGGGAGGAACUGUCUUCUCAAACUGAACAGUAUGUGGAUGAGGAGGUUCAGCAGCAGCCCGGUCUGGCUUUAAUUCCUUGGUCUGGACCUCAGUGGGUUUCAAGUGCCCCUGUCAAACUGCAGCCAACGUAUUACCUAACCCAUGCUGGGAACACGCUGGUGAGAGAGAUGUCAGUAUUAAAUACACAGAUUUUCAUGAUGGAGCAGCCGAUUUUCAUCUGUUUCACUCCUGUAGGGAGGAUGGUGUGGGAGGAACUGACUUCUCAAACUGAACAGCCAAAUAGUGAAGACUCUGGUUUUCCCUUUGAGAAGAUGCAGCUGGUUGGGAACUGGGGUUCGUUUCAUUUCCAUACCUGGAUGAUCCGUUAUGGACGAGUGCAGCAAAACGAAGAGGACAUGCAUCACCUGUGCAUUGUGAGGGGAGUGGAGAAACAGCUGUGGUGGAGCAGAGUCAUUCAGGAAAAAAUCCUGGACCCAUGGGGUAAUGUCCAGGUGGUCCUCACCAACAAGGAGGUGACUGGUAUUAAGUACCUUGGUAGAAGGAUCCAUGGACUCAGGUCUUGCCUCGUCAAGAGGAGGUCAGAGUUCACCUAUUAUGAGGACGCCCAGCAGGUGGAUAUCUCCACCACAGUGGAGGGGUUCCAGGAGAGGGGGGAUGACAUGAUGACGUAUCAGUUCUCUACCUCUGACAUUAUCACCACCCCUCAUGAGCCGUCCUCUGGCUCCUCUCAGCAGUUCCCCCAGGAUUCUCCACCUCCCCUCCGCCUCCCCCGUUCCCUUCCCCUCCACCUUACCACUUCACCCAGGACCAGACCCCUGACAGCACUCCUCAGGAGUUACUUUGGAAACCAAGGGACAAGCAACUUCUCUCUGAGGUUGGCUGGUAUCCGACGUGCUAUGGAGACUCUGACAUCCUCAGACAGUACCUCCCUUAAUUACCUCACCCACGCUGGGAGGAUGGUGUUGAGUGGACUGUCCGAGCUCAACCAGCAGGAUGUGAGGCAGUUUCAGCAGACCUACGACAUCCUGGUGAACUUCAUUAAUGAGCCAGCAAACAGGGAGCAACUAGAGCUGGAGAUGGCUCUUAGGCCUGGUAGCUUCUUUUAUCUGCUCAUGGAAGUGAUGAUGAGGAUUCGCCCUCCUGGAGGAGCCUGGACAGAGUCUGCUGGGAACUUCUACCUCCUCAUUAAGGAUCAGAUGAAGGCGUUGUUGGACUCCAUCUUCAACCUCGAUGAGUCCGUCUAUGAAAGCCCACAAAGGCUCUCGUGGCAGGUGAUGGAGAAUCUAGAAAUGCAGGUUGACUUCCUCCUGUCCAGCCUGGAUUAA